GUUUUCAGCCACACCCUCCCUUCCCCUGCUCUGGCCAGUACUGGUGCUUGUGAGAUCUUUCUGUUGCUGGUUUGGCUCUCUAACCCAGCAGAAAAAAACAUCCCUGUUUUUUGGUGGAUUUGAUUUCUGCUGCUCCACCGAGCUAAGCUGUCCCAUGGAAAAGCUGGACAAGUGCUGGGACUGGCUGCCAACAGGAGAAAGAGACUGGAGUGAGACUGCAUCAAAAUGUCUCUCUAUCCUUCCCUGGAAGAUCUGAAGGUGGACAAAGUUAUUCAGGCUCAGACUGCAUUUUCUUCAAAUCCAGCUAAUCCAGCAAUCUUGUCUGAGGCUUCUGCUCCCAUUCCUCAUGAUGGAGGCUUGUACCCCAGACUGUAUCCGGAACUUUCCCAGUAUAUGGGCCUGAGCCUCAGUGAGGAAGAAGUGCAGAGAAACCUGCCAGUGGCAGCAGCUGCUCAGCCACAGGGUCAACUGGUAACACGACCUUCUACUAAUUACAUGGUAGCUCCGGUGACAGGAAAUGAUAUUGGAAUUCGCAGAGCAGAGAUUAAGCAAGGCAUCCGCGAAGCAAUUUUAUGUAAAGAUCAAGAUGGCAAAAUUGGACUUCGCCUUAAGUCUGUUGACAAUGGUAUAUUUGUCCAGUUAGUUCAGGCAAACUCUCCAGCAUCCCUCGCUGGUCUGCGGUUUGGAGACCAAGUUCUGCAGAUCAAUGGUGAAAACUGCGCAGGAUGGAGUUCUGAUAAAGCGCAUAAAGUGCUGAAACAGGCUUCUGGAGAAAGGAUUUCCAUGAUCAUUCGGGACAGGCCUUUUGAACGAAUUAUUACUAUGCAUAAGGACAGCACAGGACAUGUUGGUUUCAUAUUCAAGAAUGGAAAAAUAACCUCAAUAGUGAAAGAUAGUUCUGCUGCAAGAAAUGGGCUUCUUACAGAGCACAACAUCUGUGAAAUCAACGGCCAGAAUGUAAUUGGAUUGAAGGACCCCCAGAUUGCAGACAUCUUGGCAACAGCUGGAAACGUAGUGACCAUUACUGUCAUGCCUUCCAGUAUUUAUGAGUAUAUAAUAAAGAGGAUGGCAACUAGCAUUAUGAAAAGCCUGAUGGAUCACUCCAUUCCUGAAGUGUAAACCUGCAUCGUGUAUGUGUGUGCACGUAUAUAUCAUGAUGAUUCCACUAAACUUGGGCUAUUAUACUCAGUGAUUUCUUUCUUCUGCACAUGAGCCUUUCUGGAGGCUGAGAAAAGAUAUGCUGCAUCAAGCAUUUGCAUCUAUAAUGGCUGGGAAUGUUACAGUUCAACAUAUCUUGUUCAUUCACAAACUGUAAAACUUGUCGCCUUACAUGCUUGACAAAUGUGAAAUUCCAAUUGUUAUGACUUUUCGUAGGUCUUUUAUUUAGUUUACUACUACUAUAAGCCAUUGCGACUAAAGGAACCAGAUAUCACUUGCAAAGUUACGUGUUGUUACCUGGAACAAUGCUGUGCUUUGUAUGUUUAAGACAAAUAAGUAUUUUUACUGCUUUCUGUUUGCAAGGGUAGAUUUGAAGUAGCGUAUUAGAAGUAUGGCUAGUACUAGUUAAUUUUUCGUUCUAGUAAAUACUGUUUACACAAGAAUGCCAGCUAAGCUGAAUAUAGCUAAAGGCAUCAUUCAGUAAGCAUAUUAAAAAGUAGUGUACAGAUACUCAAAUCUUUUUAUUACUUGUUAUACAAAUUGUAACUAAUAUGCUUAUCUCUCGCCUUAACCAUGUUCUUAAGAAUUCAGAAAUAACCAAAUAAAUGACUGAACCUUUA